AUUUGCUCAUCAUCUAUGUAGAUAUCAUUAUUUUGCUAUGAGAUGGAUCAGUUUGAGGAGUUUCAGCACAUCAGCCAAGCAAGGUUCAUAUUUAGGGACAGCAGUCAAAUUAGCAGAAGAGAAGGUAUCAGACAUCCAAGGUCUUCCAAUCAUUCAUCACCCAGGAUAUGUUUGUGACCUCCCACCUAAGCAUAGGUUCCCAAUGCCCAAGUUUCAUGGUGUCCUGAAUCAUCUCAUUAAGGACGGGGUUGUGCAGCCAAGUAAACAAGUGAGGAAACCAAAGAGAGUAGAACCUUCACAUGCUUCAAUAGUUCAUACAAAAGAAUAUGUGGACAAGUUUUUCAAUGGGAGAACAAGUGAAGCUGAACAAAGGAAGACCGGAUUUAAAUGGUCCCCUGGGCUUGUCAGCAGGGUCAGAUAUGAGACAGGAGGCACAAUGUUGGCAGCAGUGCUUUGUUUGGAGCAUGGUUUGGCUUGUAGCACUGCUGGGGGAACACACCAUGCAUUCCCAGAUUAUGGCUCCGGCUACUGCCUUCUCAAUGACUUGGCUGUGGCUGCAACUUUCCUCAUCAAUCAAGGCUUGGUCUCCAGGAUCCUCAUUGUUGACCUUGAUGUUCAUCAGGGAGAUGGAACAGCUGCAAUGUUUGAAGGAAACUCAAGUGUAUUCACCUUCUCUAUGCAUUGUGGUGACAAUUUUCCCUUGAAGAAAGAAAGAAGUGACCUGGAUUUGAGUCUGCCCAAAGGCACUGGGGAUGAUGAGUAUCUCCAAGCUCUUAAGGACCACUUACCUUGGAUCAUUGCAACCUUUAAGCCCGAUAUGACAUUCUUUGAUGCUGGUGUGGAUCCUCACAAAGAGGAUGAGCUGGGGAAGCUCUGCCUCACUGAUCAAGGUCUUUAUGCAAGGGACAAGUACGUUCUGGAGACAAUGAGGAAGAAUGCGAUCCCCUGUGCUUGUGUGAUAGGUGGUGGAUAUGACAAGGACCUUGAUAACUUAGCCAAGAGGCAUACCAUUGUCCAUAGAGCUGCAUCUUGUGUCUUCCAAGACAUUACUUGAGCAUCUUCUGUGUGCCUAGGCAGGCUUGGGUGUCAUCAAAGUGGUCAUCUCUAACUUUGGGAGAUGGAGAUUAGCUGAGAAUGGAAAGAAUGGUAAUGGGAAAAUGACCUGGAAGAAAUAACUAACAAAUUGCUAUGAGGACUAUGGUAGUCCUCCACUUAGCUAGGACUCCAUUGAUUGCACUUGGCACAUAUUUAAAUCUUGCCUUCUAGUAGGUCAGCUGGGGUGGGAUUGGGAACAAUUGUCCACAAUGUCCAUUGAAGGGUUUAGUUUAACCCAUGAUAUCUUGUCAGUGAACCUGUAGAAGAUGUCCCCAUGUCAGGUUUGCAGCAAUCUUCAUCUAGUGAUGAAAAAUUGAAGACUUUAUUGACACUGGGAAAGGAAGCAAGUACUCAUAGGUAUAGCCAAGGUUUAUCUGAGGCUUGCUAAGACAAAAGAUCAAGAUAUUUUUUGCUGCAUUUGGAAAUAAUCAUGUGCAUGAAGUCUUGAUAUAAGUGCUAGGAUGGUGAAUUUAUGAGAACUUGGCAAUAAUAAUAAUAAUUAGAGAAUAAAUUGUGAACUUUUUUUUUAAGUGGAAAACGUUGAGUUCUUGGGUCUUAUCAAAGAUUUAAAAAUUUAAUUUUGAUUUGAUUUGAAGGUUCUCUCAGUAUACAAGUGCUAGCUUAACUCAUCAUCUUUUGGAGGAUUCAGGUUAGGUGAUUCCAAGUGAGGGUUCUCUCAAUGCACAUGAUGAAAUUUACCAAAUGGUUUGCAAAAAAUGAUGAACCCUAAAGUGAUCUCGUGAAGAUUGUCUGCACCUAUGUUGUUCAUGCUGUUGAUGCAAUAUUUUUUUGUGAACCAAUCCACAUGUUCUUGGAAUAAAUUAAUUAGCC